ACUGUGUCUCAUCUCAAAUGCACUCCCAACGCACCAACACACACACCUCAAACUCUCAACACACUUGCAGCUACACGCACACACAUGCUCACCUGACAUAUUCGUCAGACACGUUGGUGGCAGAUCAACACUGCCUAUAAAUAUUCUCUCCACACACGCUUGCAGUGGCUUCUGACUAUCUCACCCAAGCCAGCUGGCCUGUAAAAGCGCUCCACUGCUGGUUAUGGAACAUAUUGGGGUGGCUCUGGGGACAUACUCUAAUGAAAUUCUUUGGACAAUGAUUCAAUUACAUCUCAAGACCGAAGAUGAAAACUCACUGGACGAUCCCUGUGAGAGGACUAUCAUGGGGCCUCAUGGUAUCAACCGAGCCAUUGAGAGACUGGAGUUCUGUGACUGCAAGAAAGGACUUGGGGUGAAGAUCAUUGGUGGCUACAGAGAUCAGACGGAGGAGGAGUUUGGGAUCUUCAUCAAGCGGGUGUUACCAGGAGGUCUAGCUGCUCAGGAUGGGCGGCUUAGAACAGGUGACCUUGUUUUGCAGGUGAAUAAUGUGAGUUUAGGAGGAGUCUCCAAUGAGAGGGCGGUAGAGAUCCUCCGGUCAGCAUCUGCAUCCAAUCACAUGUCACUGAUGGUUGCCAGGGAUGAUGAAAGCAGGCGGGAGUUCAUAGAGCUGAUGAAUAAGUAUGGAUCCCUCAGCAGUAGUAAAGGAGCAUCAGGAAGGGUGUCUCCUACCCAGCUUUCUACAGGAGGCAAAACAGAUACUGCUUCUUCCUCUUCUUCCUCAAGAUCUACCAGUCCCACCACCCAACUUCUCAGCCCUAAAGAGGGCAUCACAGUCCCCCCGUACACGCCUGGACCCCUCUACACCAGUGGGCCACCUUACACUGGCCCCCCCUACACUGGCCCCCCCUACACUGGCCCCCCCUACUCUGCCUCAACACAGCAAGUCUUCAACCACGACAGUGUCAUUCAGUUGAUAUGUGUCUCCAAGGGAACAGGCCUGGGCCUUGUCAUUAAGGGCGGAGCUAACCGAGCAGAGGGACCAAUGGUGUUGAUUCAGGAAUUAGUGCCUGGAGGAGACUGCCAGAGGGAUGGUAGACUUCUGCCAGGAGAUCAGCUAUUAUCAAUCAAUAAGGAGUCACUAAUAGGAGUGACCUAUGAGGAGGCUAGAAGUAUCCUGACACGCACCAAACUCAGACCAGACCCUACGGUGGAGAUAGCCUUUCUAAGACGCAGGUCUUCCUCCAGCAGUGCCCCGCAGAGUCCCAUCACCCCCCAGAGCCUGGUCAGUGGAGCCUCUGUAGUGCCUCCCACCAGGAGAGAAUCCCUGGCCGUGCCAGGGGCCCUUUCUCCACCGGAAUCACGGCUACAGCGCAGGAGAACCACUCUGCCGGCUGCCCUGCCUGGCGCUCCUCCGUUAGUAGCCAAGAUCACUUCCACACCCAACCCGGACAGUGAGACCCUGCCAUCUGUCAACCUAAGCCAGGUACGAGAGAGGACAGGGCAGAUAUGCGUCUCCCCUCUUCAGAGUCUGAGCUCUACAGACACCAUGCCCGAAUCCUCCACUGCCUGUCAGUCAACCAGCAGCCAUGUAGCACUCAGGAAGGGCUCUCUCCACUCCAUAUGUCGACUGAGACUAGAAAGGCUGGAACAGGUCUGUAUGUGUCAGACUCUGGAGGUAUUGGGCUUGAAGCCCACUGAAGCACAGAGACAGACCCUGAGGGCCAGACUACAAACAGACCCUGAAGGAACUGUGUCCUAUGCAGACUUUGAGAUGCUGACCCGGGAGUUGUUCAAGCUACAGUUUGAGGAAUCAGGAGUCGGAGGUCAUGGGUCAAGGUUUGUGUCAGAGGACCUCUCCAGUCUCCUAGAGUCACCCACCGACACGCAGCCUUCCCUGUCUGACAUAGAUGACCUGGAGGAGAUAGAAAGACUGAGGAAAGAUCACGUUGAGGCUCUGAGAGAGAUCAAGAGAUUACAGGAGCAGUUGGCAGAGUCAGAAGGACUUCACCUGCAGAUGCAGAAAGAACUGAACAAAGUCAAACAGGAUGUAAAGUCUGGGGUGGAUGAGAGCCGUGCGCUCCGGACCCGAAUCCACCUGUCUGAGGCAGCCCAGAAGCAGGCCAGAGGGAUGGAGAUGGAUUAUGAGGAGGUAAUCCAUCUCCUGGAGGCUGAGAUCGCUGAGCUCAAGACCCAGAGUCCCAACCAGCCCAGCCAGGCUAAGGAUGAGGUGGAGGAGCUGAAAAAGAAAAUGUCUAUUUUUGAGUGUCAGCUACGGAAGACUGAGGUGGCCAAAAAGGGCCUUGAGGUGUCCACAGGUAAACUCCUGAACUUCGUGGAGAAUGUCCAAGACUUCCUAGCUGAAAACCAAGGUUCAUUGAAGAGUUCCAGCUCUGGUGACCUGAAGGCUGCAGCUUUCUCUCAGGCUCAGGGAGCCCGCACGGGAAAGAAGUCCCAGUGGACCGCUGCUAUGCUAGCCGCAGAGGCUAAAGAACUCACACGGACUGUUAGAGCCAUCCUGGAGGUGGACUGUAUACCGCAUGGAUGGGAAGAGGCCUACACCACAGGCGGAAUCAAAUAUUACAUCAAUCAUGUGACACAGACGACGUCAUGGACGCAUCCGGUGUCCUGCAGCCUUGCUCUGAGAGAGAGGGCAGGGCCAGCCAUCCUCCCCCAUCACAGAACCAAUCAAGAUUAAGACGCACAACGAUGACAGAGUCAACAGGGUAUAACAUCACAAGAUAUCUAGGUACAAGUGCAAUGCGUAAAUGUGGUUAGUUAGUGUGUUGUGUCUUACAGUUAGAGACAGGCCUGCAAGAUGCUCUUUGUAACAUCUUUAUAGGAACAUUCUGUUGUGUUGCUCCACCUCAAAACAAAAAAAUAAACAUCCCUGUUCACCCAGCCUGUUAUACAAGUAGACUACUGAACUACAGGGGUUUUUACAGAGAAACAUCCCUGUUCACCCAGCCUCUUAUACAAGUAGACUACUGAACUACAGGGGUUUUUACAGAGAAACAUCCCUGUUCACCCAGCCUGUUAUACAAGUAGACUACUGAACUACAGGGGUUUUUACAGAGAAACAUCCCUGUUCACCCAGCCUCUUAUACAAAUAGACUUGGUAGGAUAUGGAGAUAACUAGCUGAAUUCUUGUAUGAGCCCCGACCAAAUACCUUUAUUUAAAACCCUAUUACCAGCCAUACAUAAUGUGCAUUCCAGAGGUACACAUCCCAAAUUGUCUUCUGAGUCACAACAGACCAAAUUCUGCUGCUAAAUCCCUACAUGCUAUAUUUUUCAUUUUACUUCUUUCCCCAGACUUGUUUUGAUGUAAAGACCAUUGGUUGGUAAAAAGAGAGAUCUACCAAAAGUUAUAUAUGUUAUAGUAAACCAAUAUUAUGGUCAAUUAAAUAAGUACAGUGAAACAUACAGCAUCAGGGAUAUUCAGUGAGGGGAAAAAGUAUUUGAUCCCCUGCUGAUUUUGUAAAUUUUCCCACUG